UCUAGAGGAAAAAAACUGACAGGCCCGGUGUUCGGUUCUUCAUCUUCAUCAAAACCAUCUUAAAUUCAGAUCUACUGCGAAGACCUCUCGCGGAGAAUCUCAUGGAUAAGCUGGUAUUUUACUUCCACUUCUUCAGAGGACGCAUCGAAAGACAUGUGGCAGAAAACUGUAUACUGCCGUUCUCAAGCUUCUCUCUAAUCAUAGUCAUACAUGGACUUAAGUCGUUUGGGGCUUCUACAAUGUUUGUAAACUAACAUGAAAAAUAUUAAAAUAUAUAAUAGCGAGAGCAGAACCAUCUAUGAUUAGAAAGAAAGACAAAUUGUUUGCUCAUGUGAUGAGAGAGAUGGGGGAAACGGCUAAUGUAAAAUUGACAAUGGCAAUACAGGACGCUUUGAGAUUGAUAAUUACAUUACUGCUUCUUGAUACUGUGCUAACUGUUGCGCCGUCUUCAUCGUCGCCAUCGCCUUUACCGCCGUUCUCUCCAAUAGUCAUUCCGUCAGCUGCGUAUGGACAAGAUUAUCCGUUCAUCAUAAACCGUACCAUUGAAUAUGUAUUUUUAUAUCCUGCUAGCAAUGUACCACUGGAAACUGCAAGGAUAAAGAUAGAAAGUAACGCUACCCACAGUUUUCCCCUGAUAAUUGCAGUGCGUCAAACAACUGGAAUCCUAUCUUGGCAAAUACCUUUGCUAGUUGAUAGUACAGGUUUAAACUCUGUGACAUACAAUAAAACUAGUCGAACUCUCUGCUCAACAAAAUAUUAUCGAUAUGCAGUGAAAGACCCAAAGGAUUUUAUCAUUGUCAGUAUUUCUACAGCUAGUCGAACAAAUGUUUUUUUUAAUCUCACUGUAAUGGAAGUAAUAGAUUUUCGUCUAAGCCUAGGAGUUCCCAAAAUAGUGGAGGUUUCCCCUUCUGAGCCUAUAUAUUAUGGUUACGUCUUUUCGGGAGAAACAGAAAAUACAUCUGUUCUUAUUCGUGUAGAAUCCGACAAUGACAUUUGCAUGACUGUGUCUGUUCAAAAUACAUCAUGUCCUGUAUUUGACUUGGAAAGGAAUGUUGAAUUUUCCGGAUACUGGCAGACUGUGAGUAGAAAAGGUGGUAUUACAAUACCGAAGGAAACUUAUCCGCGCGGCUUUUUCGUCGUGCUGGUUGUUAAAGGGGACGAUGUCGACUGCAAUGGCACGUCUAACAGUAAUCCCGAUCGUACUAAGAGCGUUACAUUAAUUAUAGAUUCUACUAUUACCAAACGCGAUUAUGUCAUUGCAAUGGGAUCAACAACAGCUAUCGCUGUAUUGUUUUGCAUUUCGUACAUAACGGCCGUAGUAAUAUUUAAUAUUAGGAGGAGCAGGGAACUCAAGAGAUCAGAGACGAUCAAUGAACAGGAUCAAGAUAUCAAUGAACAAGCACCUUCAGUGGCCACAGAGAACGGUCCGAGACAAUGGGACUCUGUGGAAGAUGAUUCAUCACUGGACGAAGACGACAUAGAUUUAAUGGAGGAUGCGCUCUCUGACAAGGAUGUAAUACGCACGAAACUGGUCCUCUCGGUCUGCGAUCUCGCUCGCAAAGAACCAAGAAUACUGCGGCACAAGUCUCGUUUAUACUUUUAUUAUCUGGCAACUGUUGCAGUGUUCUACACGCUACCGGUCGUCCAAUUGGCGAUAACUUAUCAACGUGUACUUCACACAACCGGUAAUCAAGACAUGUGCUAUUAUAACUUCUUGUGCGCCCAUCCAUUUGGUAUACUGUCCGACUCCAAUCACGUGUUCUCAAACUUCGCGUACAUCUUGUUGGGUUUGCUGUUCAUCUUCCUGACUUGCUCACGAGAGCACAACGAGUCGGACAAGGAGGAAGCCAAGAGUUACGGCAUACCGCAACACUACGGAUUGUUUUACGCGAUGGGUACCGCGUUAAUAAUGGAGGGCAUACUAUCAGCCAGUUACCACGUGUGUCCUACUCGCAGCAAUUUCCAAUUUGACACCAGUUUCAUGUACGUGAUCGCGGUGUUAUGCAUGAUCAAAAUCUAUCAAAAUCGUCAUCCCGAUAUAAAUGCCAGUGCACCCGUAACAUUCGGAAUUCUGGCUCUUAUAAUAUUCAUAGGACUGAUUGGAGUUUUUAACGGCUCAGUAUGCUUUUGGGUGAUAUUCACUAUACUACACUUAUUGAUAUGCUUCGUUUUGACCGUGCAGAUAUAUUACAUGGGACGAUGUAAAUUUAACAAAGGCGUUUUUAAUCGAAUGAUACAGACAUUCAAACAAGACGCACGUUGCGGCAUAUGGCAUUUGUUGCGGCCACUUUAUCCCAGCAGAUUUGUAAUGCUCGUGUUAGCGAAUAUGUGUAACGUCGGUCUAGCCGUAUUGGGAAAUAUGUAUCAAGAAGACAAUUUUGCCAUGUUUCUACUGAUUAUAUUAAUGUCCAACUUAAUACUAUACACUCUCUUUUACAUCGUGAUGAAGUUGUGCCAUAGGGAACGGAUUCUUCUGACACCUGCGAUCUACAUCGUCUUAUCGAUGCUGUUCUGGGGAGCAGCCUUGUAUUUCUUCGUGAAUAAGUCGAUGGCCUGGGCCCUCACGCCAGCCCAGUCCCGCAUUCACAAUAAACCUUGCGAGUUACUCAACUUCUUCGACUCUCACGACAUAUGGCAUUUUCUUUCAGCCUUAGCAAUGUUCUUUUCUUUCAUGGUAUUACUUACUCUAGAUGAUGAUCUAACAGACGUACAUCGUAGUCAAAUACCAGUUUUUUGA